AUGAAUGAGUUUGUUAAGAAGAUAGUGAAUAAGGAUUCUUGUGCUGGUAGGUUCGCUAAGAUUCUUAAAAUAUCAGACAAAUGGAAAAUUAUAGUAUAUUUUAAGGAUCUAAAAUCAUCAAUAAAGGAAGGAUUAAUGGAGAAGAUUUGGAAAGUGAGAAACUUUAGAGAAAUUUAUAGGAAGGAGAAAAGGAAGAAGGAUCAUAAGAAGUCAUAUUUGGACACGCCACCACCCACAAGGGUUUAUUCUGAGUUAAGUGGUAUUAGUAUGUAUCAACAUGUGGAAAGUCAAAAUGACGGCAAUGUGGAGUCUAAAGAGGCAUUGACUGUGGAUGUGAUUAAUAAACAUAGGAGUGAUGGAGUUGAGGAUGAAGUUGUUCUAUCAACGAUAAUGAAGGCGCAACAGAAGGAAGUAAAGAAAGUUCCUUAUCAAAGGUUCGAGUCGCCACCAUUGUCUUCAUUAAGAGUCAUUCAGGAGGUAGAGCCAUAUAAUGUGAUACAAAGAUAUACGAUGCUUAAUAAUGAGACGGAUACGAAGAAUAUAAAUGAAAAGAGGGCGACUAAAAGUCUUAUGGGUAAGAAAUACACAAAAAGACUGGGAGUAGAAGAAAUAAGUUUAUCUGGUUAA